CAGCAAAGAGGCAAGCGCUCGCCACACGCCUUCCGCUGCCUCGUUUUCUCCCGCCACACUCUCUGUCUUCCUCCUCCCCUAAACGCCAAGCGUAACAGUUACCUCUUUCAAUCCAUUACAUUUCAUCUCCGGAUAUAUAAAAUCUCCAAUUUUCCUCAGAUUCCGUCAAAAUUCCUCAACUUUUCUUGAUCCAAGUCCCAAUUUUUUGUUCCCGCCAUUUCCAUCUGCAGGCUAUAGAGCCUUAUUCAGUUCAUCGAGAUAAUCAUGGGUUCACCGGAUCCUUUGCCGGCAGCUGAAGAGGGUAAUGUGGCAACGGAGGCAUCAGUGCGCCGGGCUUGUCCUGGAAUAAAGAAACAGGGGAAAAUUCCUAAGAGAAUCCGCAAGGCUGAGAGGGAGAGACGGAAGCGUGAGCAGUUUAACGAGCUUUUUCUUGGGCUGGCUGAUGCCCUUGAACUGAAUGAGCAGAACAGUGGAAAGGCCUCCAUAAUAAGUGAAGCUACUCGACUGUUAAAGGACUUGUGUGGUCAGAUUGAAUGCUUACAGAAGGAAAAUGCAUCCCUGUUGUCUGAAUCGAACUAUAUGACUCUCGAGAAGAAUGAGCUGAGAGACGAUAACUCUGCCUUAGAAACUCAGAUUGAGAAAUUGCAAAGUGAGAUACAAGAGAGGGUGGCACAGUCUAAACCGAACCUGAAUGCACCACCUCGAGGAGAAUUGAGACCAGAAGUUCCCUCCCAUUUUACCGGAAAUUGCAUCAGUUUGCCCACUCAAGAACCCAGCUUGCAGCAAGCACCUGCUGUCUUUGUUAUGCCCUUCUGCCCUGAUCUCCAAGCUUAUCCACUGCCGGAUGCCACCCACCCCACAUCUAACACCACCUCACAUGUGAGCAAACCGCAUGCUAGGCCGACCUCGGUGGAUUCUUGGCCGUUCCAACUUCUCGGCGAGAAAACAACCGCAGGCAAAGGAUUUCGACAAAGUGGUAAAAGCGACCCUAGUAAUAUGUAAACUUCGUAAUCGAAAUGGUUUAUGUGCCCUUUACCUCUUGCUGGGUAUAAUUGACAAUGCCCCAUAUUUUGUAGGCUGUUAGAUUUCUAUCGUUGUAUUUUUUAUUGUUAGAUUUUUUAUCGCA